AUGGUUGCCCCUCGAAAUACAGCGUUUGCGGAGGAGAGCGCCGAGGUGGAGGUGCUCUAUGCCAACCUCGAGAAGCUGAAACUCCUGACGAAGAAAAUCCAGGGCUCCAUGGUUCGUCUGGAGACCGGUGGGAAUGUUGUCAAACACGCGAUAGGCCCAAUCUACAGCAACACGCAGUCUCUCCAAAUUACCAACAGCAAUAUCGACAAGAAUUGCGACUUGCCGCAGUACCUGGCUGCGUUGCGACGGGUGGAAAAGGCUUUGGUGGAUCUUCAUUCUACGAAUUUGAAGUCGAACCAGAAAGCCAUCUCCGAGUUUACUUCCUUACUGAAUACUGGCACCGCGCAGCUCCAAGAUCUGUUUCGCAGUAAAUUGAGCGACCAUGUCGGCACGAUAGAGCCGCUACAUUAUUUGACGAAAGAGCUCGCCUUCCCAUCUAUCCCCGACGAUACACUUGCGGACCUAGGACCUAUCUGUGCAGCGAUCGGCUCGGCAGCCUCACAAGGAUUCCAACGCAAUGAUGGUUCGAAUCCGGCUGUCAAAAUCUACUCAGAGACCCGUGCACCUUAUAUCACAUCCAGCUUGCAGAACCUUGCCAUCGCUUCCAUGAACACAGUCAAACGGAGGCCUACGGACGGACCUUACACGCAAGGCACCAACGGUAUUGGCAUUUACUCGAACGCGCUGGAGAAUUUUAUCUAUACUGAGCACGACAUCAUUUCUCGUAUCUUCACUGGUGAUCAGCGGGGCCUGGCUCUGCAAACGACCUGUCGACCGGCCUUAGCAGAGUACUCGAAGACUCUACGGGAGCUCAAUCAAUACAUCAAAGCUAAUCUCAUGACGGAUUGUUUCCUGGCCUUUGAGAUCAUUGAGAUCGUGACUGCCAUGUCUUAUCGUGUCGACUCGAAGACUGGGGAACUGAAGAGUUUAUUCAUCGAAGCGCUUCGGCCGGUUCGUGAGACGGCCAAGUCGUCGCUUUCUGAACUGAUCGAAGAGACGAAGCGGAAGUGUGGCAGUAUUUCGAUGCUACCGCCUGAUGGUGGAUCUGUUCCUCUCGUGAACGAAGUCAUGAGCUCCCUCACCACCUUGACCAACUAUUCUGGCCCCCUCGCCUCGAUUCUGACCUCCCUCGGGGACGGCAACUGGCGGUCCACUGCCAAUGCGGCCAGCACGGCUCCUUUAGACGUGAGUCCGGACAGUUCUACCCUCCUGUCGCAUUUUAUUCUCGAUAUGAUCGAGGCCUUGAUGGUCGGACUCGAGGCACGGGGCCGGGCGUUCCACAGGUCCAAGUCCGUCCAAGGGGUGUUCUUAUCGAAUGUGUUCUGCCACGUGGAUCGUUCGAUUCGGCAGAGCCCCGAGCUGGCACGGUACUUGGGCUCUCCCGACAGCAUUGCGCGGAUCGACUCCUUCCGGAAACGCGCUACCUCGACGUAUCUGGAUGCUUGGAAGGAGACCUCGCACUACCUUCUCGACGUGCAGUAUACCUCACGAGCGGCUGGCCGGCCGACCUCCGGAGGAGUGGUUGACUCGGGUGCUAUUGUUAAAUCCUUGUCAUCUAAGGACAAGGAUGCUAUUAAGGACAAAUUCAAGUCAUUCAAUGCCAGCUUUGACGAACUUGUCUCUCGCCACAAGCAGCUUCACAUGGAGCGGGAGGUACGGUCUGUACUGGCCCGGGAGGUUCAGGCGGUGCUGGAGCCACUAUACGCGCGGUUCUGGGACCGCUAUCACGAGAUCGACAAGGGUCGCGGGAAGUAUGUGAAGUACGACAAGGGGGGCUUGUCUGCUCAGCUUGCUGCUCUUGGUUGA